AAAAGCAGCAAGUAACUUGAAAAGAGUAUACUCAUACUUAGAAGAAAUUAUUGAAGAAGUGCCACAGGGGCAAGCACUUGGAUGUAAUUAUGAUGGAGAAUAUCAUGGCAAUAUUGAUGGCAAUGAAAUUGAAACUGACAACAUUGAAUUGAACCUCAAAGAA